AAGACGAGGAAGAUGAGGAGGGAGAAAUUGAUGAUGACGAUUUAGUGUUAAUAAGUGAUAGUGAAAUGGUAGUGGAAGCAUCAAUGAAAUUCCCUCUGGCAAAUAAAGUAAAUGGUCAGGAUGCCCCCACAGAACAAAAGCAGUCUGAUGCACCAGCCUGUGAGGAACCCAGUGUUGCUGAACCUGUCUCAGAGGUUGCUGUUAAGAUGAACAUACAAGUCACUCAGGCACCAAUUAAAGAAGCUACGCCCUCUGGGUGCGAGAGUGAUAUUGAAGACAAUGACGAAGAUGAUAGCACAGAGGUUUCAAUAGAGGCCCCUGUUGUGUCUUCAGGUGCUCCUGCAUUAGCUGCUCCAACAAACAGGAUCCCUGCUUCUCUUGAGUUACCAGAGAAACAGUUGUGAGA